AUGAUGAAAUUGGAGUUUGGAGCUGCUCAGGCUGUGGUGGAUGUUCUUUUUUUCAAGAGAGAACCAAGUUGGUUGACUCCUGUUCCUGAUAUUACACUGUUUAAUACACAACUUGAUGAAUCUCAAGUGGAAGCAAUUCAAUUUGCAUUGGCAUCGAAAGAAUUGGCAUUAAUUCAUGGACCACCAGGAACGGGCAAGACAACAACAAUUGUUGAAUUUAUUCUUCAAGCAGUGCUUACAUAUGAUUUGAAAGUACUUGUGUGUGCACCCUCUAAUAUUGCAGUGGAUAAUGUACUGGAAAAAGUAGCAAGGACGUGUUUGACAUUGAAAAAACAAUUGAAACUCACACGGAUGGGACAUCCGGCACGUGUCUUGCCACAGAUUCUUAAAUACUGUUUGGAUGCCAAGAUUCAACAUGCAGAAGGAACGGACAUUGUGAAGGAUAUUCGGCAAGAAAUGACGGCUAUGCAGACUAAACUACAGAAGACACGCGAUAAAAGUGUGCGAUUCCAAUUACGACGUGAAAUGAAAGCGAACCGCAAGGAAAUUCGAGUGCGUGAACAGAAAGUCGUGGGCGAGAUCGUGCAACAUAGUCAUGUGGUCUUUGCUACCAACGUAGGUGCAGCAUCCAAGCUACUAAAAGACGUGACAUUCGACUUGGUCAUUAUUGAUGAGGCAGCACAGGCACUUGAGGCGUCUUGCUGGAUUCCUAUUUUAAAAGCAAAGCGGUGUGUGCUCGCUGGUGACCAUCUACAGCUGCCACCUACAAUCAAAUCGAAGACAGCUGCAGCAAAAGGUCUGGAUGUGACUCUAUUCGACCGGAUCGCGAGUUUUCCAACUACGCAGAGCAUCGUGAAAAUGCUGAACACCCAAUAUCGUAUGCACGAGGAUAUUAGCGAGUGGAGCUCUCAGGCAAUGUAUAAGGGGGAGCUAAAAAGUUUUGAAGGUGUUGCAAAGCGCAUGCUGCAUGAAUUACCGCAUGUCAACAUCACAAAAGAUGAUGAGUUGCUGGAUGCGACACUAUUGCUCUUGGAUACCGCUGGAUGUGAACUUGAAGAGGAUGCUGAUGAUGACGAGGGUAAAGAGCAUAGUAUUCUUCGGCUUUCAAAGUCAAACGAGGGCGAGGCACGUGUCGUAGCGAGGCAUGUUCGUGCUCUGCUAGCAGCAGGCUUGAAGGAAGACGAGAUAGCAGUGAUCACACCGUACAACAAGCAGGUGCAAAUUCUGAAGGCUUUAUUGCUCGAAAGUUAUCCGAAGCUUGAAAUCCGAUCGGUGGACGGUUUCCAAGGAUGUGAGAAAGAGGCUGUUGUGAUGAGUCUUGUGCGCUCCAACGCUUUGAGGCAAGUUGGGUUCCUAUCCGACGAUCGUCGCAUGAACGUAGCUAUCACGCGUGCAAAGCGACAUGUUGCGGUGGUGUGCGAUACGGAUACAAUUUCUUCGCAUAAGUUUCUGGCCGCUGUUGUCAACCAUUUUGAAAAAUUUGGUGAAUAUCGGAGUGCGCAAGAAUAUUUGGAGGAAGAUGCUGUCCAAGGAGCUGUGGAUGAACAAGUGAUGUUGGCGCUGAGUGCUCCAGUGGCUAAAAGCGAGCCAUCUAGGGCAUCGGGUGCUGGAUCUUCAUCAAAAUCUGCUGCAAAAGCUCAUCAUGCGAAAAAUGCAAAGCCGAAGCAGGAACGAAACUCCAAAAAUGAUGUGAAGGCUGACCUCGUACCCGCAUCUAAGCCUGUUGAGGCUACGCAGGCUGCAUAUGAAUCUCAAGAGUUCCCAAUGAAUACAAAUCCAGCUAUGGGUAGUGAACAUGUAGUUGACGAGGAGGAAAAGAGGAGCGAGGAUGAGCUGGAAGACAAGGCAGCAGCAACCAAAAGCGUUUCUCAGACAACGGACCCGGAGAGCGAGAAUGAGUUGGAAGACAAGGCACCAGCAACAAGGAGCAUUUUUCAGAUGAUGGAGACGAUGAGCGACAGCUCGGACGAUGUAUCAGAAUGCAGUGGAGACCAGGAGGACGUUGAUGAAGGUGAAGUUAGCUCGGACCCGUCCAAGAUAAGUAAUCUGGAAGCCGGUCGUGAUCUCAAAGAUGCCAACUCGCUCUUGAAAGAUCUACAUCUGAGUCGACUCGCUCGACAACCUAUUCCGCCAGCGCCAUCUUCGACGAAAAGAAACAAGACAAAGAAGAAAAAAGGUGCGGCAAAGGCAGCCAAGGCUGCGCCGAUAGAUGAACUGAAAGAUGGUGAAGACAAGCUGGAAUUUCUCACUCGACAAGCAAGCAAGAGCUUGACCUGCGCCUUCCAGGAUUCGAACCGUUGCAAGAAAAACAUUACAAUGUUUGGUAACGUGUGCAAGUUCUGCAAACUCAAGUUCUGCUUCAGCCACGCACUUCCUGAAGUGCAUGGCUGCGGUGACGCCGUGCGCAAGUUCGAGCGAGCCGCAUUCCAGCAACCGACGACUCGAUCCACAGACUCGAAAAAGCUUACCAGUGACAAGCGUAAAGCGCUCAAGAAGAAGCUCAAAGAGCAAGUGGGUGCAAAAACUGCCAGUCGUACGACGCAAACAAAGUCCACGAAGAAAUAA